GCAUUCAUCUCCCUGCUCCCGUCAAAUCCACUGCAGCAGGCCUGCAGGGGCAGCAAUCGCCCCUGGAAGUUUGUAAAGAGGAAUAGAUCAUCGAUUCGUGGCACUGACUUGUACUGUUGUAGAGACUCUACGUUAGUUUCGCAGCAACUUUGCAUCAGCUCCGUCUCGCUGAUCUCCGGCUCUUUCUCCCCAGCUCCAGCAAAUUGAUCUGCUUCUCACAAUUAUUCCCUACAAUUGUAGCCUGACCCGAUUCGUUGUGCAGUAAGUCCCCAGUAUUCAAUACUUAGUCACUUCUCAUACUACUUACUACAGAACUAGUAAAUACUGUGAAUAUCCAAUACCGCAGUACCGGAGCUGUAUCACGCCUAGCGCCUGUGAGUCUAGCUGCAGGCGCAGUCACCGCCGCGCCGCGGGUGUGCCAUGGCAAAUGACACAGGAAACGAUGUGGAUGCUAUCAACGAAGGGAUACCAUACGUGUUUGAUGUGAGCAAGGCCAGGUUCUGGGUUCACUAUGGCUUUGUGGCGGCCGGGUUUCUCCUAGCCGUGAUCACAUACUUCUCGCAAUGCAAGGAACCGGCGCCAUACGGCAAGCACGCUAGUGAUGCACCGAAGAAAGGCUGGGGACCAAUGAUACCACAGCGUCUCGGUCACAUGGCCUCCGACGGGUUUUGCUGCGUCCUUUUCUUUGUCAUGAUCUAUGCCGCUUACGGUGAGAACAACACCAGCUACACAGGAUACGUCUUUCUGGCUAUGUGGCUUGCACAUUAUGUACACAGGGGAUUACUGCAUCCUCUUCUGAUGCGCUACAGCCGAAGUCAUGUUCAACUUGGAAUUGUUGCAGGUACUGUUGCACCAAACUUGCUCUACUCAUUCAUCAACAGUGACUGGAUCAGUUCAGCGAAAUAUGAUAACUAUUAUUACAGAGACCCACGUUUCAUAAUCGGAAUAGUUCUGUUCCUUGUUGGAUACAUCAUGAACAGAUGGGCUGAUUUACGGCUUCGACGGCUACGCCAGGAGCCCAGCAUUCUAAAUGAUGGUUCUGCACAGAAGUAUGCCAUGCCCCGUGGUGGUCUAUUCGACUAUGUAACAUGUCCUAACUACCUGGGUGAAGCUACAGAAUGGCUUGGCUGGGCAAUAGCAACCUGGUCGCUGGCCGGACUGGUGUGGCUGCUGUUCUGUUUGGCAACGUUUGUACCCAGGGCCAUGCACAACCACACAUGGUACAAAACUACCUUCAGCAACUACCCCACACAGCGCAAGGCGUUGAUUCCGUUCGUGUACUGAUCAGAGAGGAGAAAGUGGUGCUGUUAAAUGUAUGCCGAGAUUCUGCAAUACAGAUACUCUAGUACAAUUCCCAUCACACUAUGAUAGCGUUAAGUAGCACAACCUGCGAGAAUAUAUCCCCAAGUUAAAUGAUGGCCUAACUUGUUCUAUACGAUGUCUCUCAGAUGGAAAUUUCUUCUCCCAACAAUGGUCUGUAUUGCAAAACCUGUUCGCAGUAACUAACCUGCUAAUAUACCCUUCAUUCUUGUAGGGACUUGACGAUGCCUAUCUUUCUUUCCUAAAUGAUUUUAAAAUGUUAUCAUUGGCACAGGAUAUUGUUUAGAACUUACUCAUGACCAAUAGAUUGAAGUCUUACUACUGAAAUUCAAGAGAACUCUG